GGCAGAGUCGCUGGGAGUGCUGGGUGUUUUCUGUCGGCAUCUCCGGGUUCUGCAUCACUGGUGAGGUUUGUAUUGAAGAGCGACAAGGAGGCAAGACUUGCGUCGGUUGUGAAUGAGGAUCAUCAAAUUAUUAUUUGGUAGGUAACGGGGGAGAGGCGGUGCAUCUAUGUCGAGGAGCCGAGGCAGCCGGCCUGGCCGUGGCACUGAACAAUGAUGGAGGUCUCACGGUGGCAUCGUUCAGCCUCUACCCACGGCAGUUUUGGAGCUUAAUUCAUGCAGGUGAAUUAUUACCAGGACCCAUCACCGGGCUUUCACGGUUGCGCGAAUUUUCUUUUGUGUCUCCAGGGAAUGAAGGGAUUGGCCGCUGGAAAAAUUCAGUCUUCGGACGCAUAUUUCGGGGUUGCAAGGUGAAAUGAUAGUCGGCAAAGCUUCAGGUGACCUUUCGGAAACCCGGUGCAGUACAUGAAAACCUGCUUAUUGGAUGUCCAGACUUUGUGAUUUUGGUCAGGCUACAGCAACAACUUGGCCAGGAUGGCUGCCUUUCUCCUGACUUGCAAAGCCAGCCCUGUGAUUUGGAGAUCUGUGAUUUUUCGAACCCCAGUCUUAAUGUCAAGUAACUCAGCAUCCAAAGUCUCUUUGAAGUUGAAGAGUAUACCUGGACUUACUCUUGCUUGUCUAGGCCUUGGCGUCUCAUCAGUUGCAAACUCCCAGAAAGCAGUAGUACUAGAAGCAAAGGUGACGCACUAUCCUAAGCGAGGGUCUUCCCACUUACUUUUAAAAGGCUUAUUCUGGAAGCUUCGCUUCACUGCCCAUAUUUGCGUGAGAGCUGUGAUCCUGCUGCUGAGAUUUGGACCUUUGUUUCUGCUCUAUCCGAUUUGUUUUGUGUCAUCCAGUUUUGCUUCAGUCUGGUAUGUCGUGUUGUUGCGAUGCAUGGAGGCUGCUGGUCCAACUUUCGUCAAACUUGGGCAGUGGUUCAGCACCAGGAGGGAUCUCUUCUCGGUAGAGUUCUGUGAAAGGUUCUCCAGGCUUCAUCCGCAUGUCACACCACACCCCUGGAACUACACCAAGUAUAGCUUGAAACGAGCAUUUGGGGAAGAUUGGAGGAGCAUAUUUCACAUUACAAAUAAGGAACCCAUUGGAUCAGGCUGUUUCACUCAGGUUUAUAGAGCUUAUACUGACCCAAAGAACAUUAAUAACUCUGAAUUUCAAAAGCUCGUUGAAAGCUUUGAGAGAGAGGAUCAGUUUGAAGCAUGGGAAGUCUUUGGCCUUCGAGGAAUAUUUCGUUUCAUGUUUGCUAAAAAGCAGGAUGAUUUUCCAGAUACCAGAAAUGAGCCCGAGGGGGUGAUUGGAAUUACAGAGCUGGAAGAUAGAAGGGCAGUGCUUCAUCCUGACUCAACAUCUGAGCAGCAGCAUCUCAUUCCAGUGGCUAUCAAGGUGAUGCAUCCGGGGAUAGCACAUCAAAUCAGUAUGGAUCUGAAACUUAUGAAAGCCGCAAGCUGCAUUCUCAAUCUCCUGCCAGGCUUGAAGUGGUUGAGGCUGAUGGAGGUGGUGGAGGAAUUUGAGGAGAUCAUGUUGAAACAAAUUGAUCUGCGACAUGAAGCCAAGGUCAUGGAGAGGUUCCGAGAGAAUUUUCUGGGUAUGGAAUCUGUCAGGUUUCCCAUACCUCUCAGGCCAUUUGUCACCAGAAUGGUUCUGGUCGAAACCUUUGAGGAGAGUAAACCCAUUUCGAUGUAUUUGACAAAGGAUGUACCUAACUUACUGAAGCAGAAGUUGGCAAGAAUAGGAUUGGAGAUGUUGCUGAAGAUGGUAUUUGUGGACAACUUUGUUCAUGGAGAACUUCAUCCUAAAAAUAUUCUCAUCCAGGGAGCAGAUCAGUUUAGUCUGCACAGUGACGACAAGACCACCAUUGUAGACUUGUGUGAUACUCUAAUUGUUAACGUUCAUCCUUCCCAGUGUCCAAUAAAGCUUAUUUUGAUGGAUACUGGUAUUGUAAAUGAACUUCAGCCAUCUGACUUCCACAAUUUCAAAGCCGUAUUCACUGCCUUAAUUCAAGGACAGGGUAAGCAAAUUGUAGACUUGCUACUGACCCAGGCAAGAGCUAGUGAAUGCCAAGACCUGCAACCAUUUAAAUCUGAAAUAGAAAAACUUGUUCAGGAAUCUGGGAUGAACAAUGGGUCCUUGGGAAAGCUCCAUGUUGCAGGCUUUCUUUCUAAAGUCUUGGAAACACUUAUCAUGCACAAGGUUAAGAUGGAAAGUAGCUUUGCCUCCAUGAUCUUUGCCAUUAUAGCCUUGGACGGUCUUGGUCGUUCUCUGGACCCUGAGCUAGACUUGCUGGAAAUAGUCAGACCCAUGCUACUGAAAGAUGCUGCAGGUUUGUAAGGCACAAU